UAGUUUCCUUCACAUAACUUCAGAUCAUUUUAUUCCGAAGAUAUCUUACACACUGCAGACUAGACUUGUAAUACAUACGUACAUAUCCAUAAACUGAAAGAAAGAAACAAGUAUGUACUUAUAUUGAUACGUUGAAUCAAACGAUACAUUACUUCCAUAUAAAAGUACCCUCUUUCGCAAUGGCUUGUGGAGGAGGCCAACAGUAGGAAAUGCUAUUUAUUGAAAAUAUAUACCUAACUAGAGGAAUAGAUUAGACUAUCAGCUGAUAAGAAUUUUUAAUCGAAUAGAAAGAGGUUCUUACAAAAAGAAGAGGAAAAAAAAGAAAGGAAGAAUAUAAGAGUAAUUCGUGACUUUUUAAUAGUACAGAUCCCUUUUCUCAUAUCACUAAAGGUUUUUAUUUGAAUCGCAAUGUUAUUGAAGGCGUCGCCAGAAGCAGCUUUUCUCUUUACAAAGCUCAGCGUUGGAUUGGCUUCAUCUUGGCCACCAUCACCAACAGCAACGAAAUUUCGAAUACUUAUUUUUGAUUUCUCAUGGUACGCACUUUUUGCGAGUGGAUUGUUUCUUUUAUUUCCAUUGUUAAAUGCACUUUAUGUUUUACGAGAUAAUUACGUCGUCAUGAGCAAAUCUAUUUGCUUAUUUUGUGCUGUUGUUCAAGUUCUUCUCAAGAUGAUAUUCUGUCGGCUUCAACGUACUCAAUUUCAAGGAUUGUUCUUUGAAAUGGACAAUUUUUGCAAUAAUGCUGACGAUCAAGAAAGAUCGAUACUUCAACGAACUGUUGAAAGAUGCAAAUUUGUACAUGUAACUUAUACAAUGGGCUGUUAUUUGACUGCUGUCAUCAUCGUUUGUGGUCCUUUAUAUACUAAUCAGAAUUUUCCUACUGAUGCGAAAUAUCCCUUUCAGACAGAACGUCAUCCCAUAAAAGAAAUCAUUUUUCUACAUCAAACUUUAGUUGGAUUCCAAGCUUCUGCUGGUUUGACUAUCGAUUGUCAAGUUGCUCUUCUUCUUUGGUAUGUUGGUGCUAAGUAUGAGAUUUUAGCAGAAAAAUUGAAAAGAAUUAAAAAUGAGAAUGAAUUAAAUACUUGCUUAAAAAAACAUCAAGAUAUUAUUAGAUAUACAAAGCAAGUAAAAUAUGUAGUGAAGUAUUUGAUCCUAACUAUCGUCACAACGACGAACGUAGUCAUUAUUUUUGGUGGUUUAAAUAUCGUCAGUAAACAAUCAUUAAUCGUUAAGAUUCAAUACGUUGUUAUAGUAAUUAGUGCAAGUGCUGAACUUUUUAUUUGUGCUUGGCCAGCAGACAAUCUAAUUACCAUGAGUUCGAAUAUUUCCUGGGGUGUUUAUUAUUCAAAUUGGUUAUUAGUUAAACCAAAAACGAGGAAAACAUUGUUACAAUGUAUUUUGAGAUCGCAGAAAGCCGAAAGCGUUCGUAUAGGAAGCGUACUUCCACCAUUAUCCUUACAAUAUUAUGCAUCGUUUUUAUCAACAUCGUUUUCGUACUUCACCGCGUUACGAGCUAUGCUCAGUGAUAGUGACACAGGAAUAUCAUAAAAGAAAUUUUCUCUUAUGAAAGUUUUUCACCAUAGAAAUAAUAUUUGAUAUUACAUCAAUCA